CCGCGCGGAGCGGACAUGUGCAGGCUGGGCUAGGAGCCGCCGCCUCCCCACCCACCCAGCGAUGUAUUCAGCGCCCUCCGCCUGCACUUGCCUGUGUUUACACUUCCUGCUGCUGUGCUUCCAGGUACAGGUGCUGGUCGCCGAGGAGAACGUGGACUUCCGCAUCCACGUGGAGAACCAGACGCGGGCUCGGGACGAUGUGAGCCGUAAGCAGCUACGGCUGUACCAGCUCUACAGCCGGACCAGUGGGAAACACAUCCAGGUCCUGGGCCGCAGGAUCAGUGCCCGCGGCGAGGACGGGGAUAAGUAUGCCCAGCUCCUAGUGGAGACAGACACCUUCGGUAGUCAAGUCCGGAUCAAGGGCAAGGAGACAGAAUUCUACCUGUGUAUGAAUCGCAAAGGCAAGCUCGUGGGGAAGCCUGACGGCUCCAGCAAGGAGUGUGUGUUCAUCGAGAAGGUUUUGGAGAACAACUACACGGCCCUGAUGUCAGCUAAGUAUUCUGGCUGGUACGUGGGCUUCACCAAGAAGGGGCGGCCGCGGAAGGGCCCUAAGACCCGGGAGAACCAGCAGGACGUGCACUUCAUGAAGCGCUACCCUAAGGGGCAGGCCGAGCUGCAGAAGCCCUUCAAGUACACCACGGUGACCAAGCGGUCCCGUCGGAUCCGCCCCACACACCCCGGCUAGGUGUCCCACCGUGGAACCCCAGGCUGCCCCGGCCCACACUCACACUCCCAGAGAACUGCAUCAGAGGAAUAUUUUUACAUGAAAAAUAAGGAAGAAGUUCUAUUUUUGUACAUUGUGUUUAAAAGAAGACAAAAACUGAACCAAAACUCUUGGGGGGGAGGGGUGAUAAGGAUUUUAUUGUUGACUUGAAACCCCUGAUGACAAAAGACUCAUGCAAAGGGACUGUUGUCAACCCACAGGUGCUUGUCUCUCUCUAGGAACAGACAACUCUAAACUCGUCCCCAGAGGAGGACUUGAAUGAGGAAACCAACACUCUGAGAAAACCAAAGUCCUUUUUCCCAAAGGUUCUAAAAG